AUGCGCGCGCUCGCGGCUCCGCUGACCCGCGUCCUCGCCCCCCCGACCCGCGCGUCGUACUCCCGAGGCACCCGCGGUCGCGCCCGGAUCGCCGCCAUGAACACCACCAAGACCCCGCCGCACGACGGCGACGUGGAGCCCUGGUACCCGAUCGGCACCCCGGGGAAGCCUUGGACGGAGGCGCAGAGGGAGGAGUGGCGCGCCAGCGUGGAGGCGCCCCGGCGCUCGUACGCGGACGAGGUCCUCGCGAAGCUCGAGCCCUUAAAGUCGAGGUACGACGUGUUCAAGUACGGCGCGCUGCCGUACGACGCGAACGAUCCGGAACGGUACCCGCUCUUCGCCGUGCGCACGCGGGGAUUCGACCCGUCGAACGGCAAGCCGUGCGUCCUCGUCACCGGCGGGGUCCACGGCUACGAAACCAGCGGGGUGCAGGGCGCGAUCCGGUUCCUGGAGACCAAGUGCGAGGAUUUCGUGGACGACUUUAACGUGCUCGUCGCCCCGUGCGUCUCGCCGUGGGGUUACGAACGCGUCCAGCGGUGGAACGCGCGCGCCGUGGACCCCAAUCGAUCCUUCGCCGAUCGCAGCGCCGACGAAUCCAAGUUUCUCGGCGCGAUGGUCGACGCGCAAAACGUGGGGACGUGGAUGUGCCACGUGGACCUUCACGAGACGACGGACACGGACGAGACCGAGUUCCGCCCCGCAAAGGCGGCGAGGGACGGCGAGUACAUCGCCCCAGACGUCAUCCCCGACGGGUUCUACACCGUGGGCGACUCGGAGGAUCCGAAACCGGACUUUCAGAAGGAAAUCAUCGACGCGGUGUCCCUGGUGACGCACAUCGCGCCAGAUGUGGACGGUAAGAUCAUCGGCGAGCCCGUGACGCAGCGUGGGGUGAUCAACUACCCGGUACGGGCGCUCGGGCUGUGCGCGAGCGUGACGAACGCGAGGUACGUGACAACUACGGAGGUGUACCCCGACUCGCCCAAGUGCACCGACGAUGAAUGCAACGACGCGCAGGUGGCGGCGGUGGUGGCGGCGCUGACGCACGUGAAGCGCGUGGAGAACAUCUGA